AUGCUCAUAUCAUCAUUUUAUAUGCCUCAAAGAAAUAAAAAGGAUCUUGACGAACUAUCCAUAUCACUAGAAAAAGCCUCAGUCUCAACAUCAAAGAAAAACAUCAUCCUAGCUGGGGAUUUUAAUUGUCCAGACAUCGAAUGGAACAACAUGUCAAUCAAAAAUGGAAAUGACAGGGACAUUCAACAACAACUAAUAGAUAUUGCAAAUUCCUCCGGCCUUUCACAAAUCCAUGACCAACCAACAAGGGGAGACAACUUACUAGACCUAGUUUUCACUGCAAAUCCUUCCGUCAUCAAAUCUUCAGUAAGUGUACCAGGAAUCUCGGACCAUGACAUUGUCAUCACAGAUCUAGAAACUAAGCCACAUUACCAAAAAACAGCAAGCAGAAAAAUAUAUAUCUACUCAAAAGCAAAUUGGGAAAACUUGAAAGCGUCAUUAAGAAAUCUGGCAAAUAACAUCAGCAAGCUGCAGUCAGAAGGGAAAAACAUACAAGACAUCUGGGAGUUCUUCAAAUCCAGUAUACAUAAAAUUCUAGACAAACAUAUACCAGCAAGGGAGCUUAAGUCUAGACACUCCACCCCCUGGAUCACACACAGAGAAAGGAAACUCCUCAAGAAAAAACAAAGACUGUACAACCAAGCAAAGAAGACAAAGAACUGGACAAACUAUAGACAAUUUCAGAAGGAAUGCAAAUCUAAACUCAGGAAAUCAGAAUGGAACUAUGUAAACAACAACAUCUUGGAAGGCCUAAACAACAACAACACGAAACCAUUCUGGAAGUAUGUGAAAUCAAAAAAGCAAGACUCUUUUGGAAUAGCUCCAUUAAAAUCAGGAAACAAACUCAUAACAGACAGUAAAGAAAAAGCAGGGGUCCUUAACAAGCAGUUUCAAUCUGUCUUUACCAAAGAAGAGCAUGGACCAAUGCCGAAAACAUCAAAAACCUGCAAAAAUCCAAUCCAGGCAAUCAAAAUAAAUGUAGAGGGAGUCAGGAAAUUACUCAGCAAGGUAAAUCCAACUAAAGCAUCAGGGCCAGACAACAUACCAAACAGGAUUCUCAAGGAAUGUGCAGAUUUGAGUAGUCCUGGUUAG